CACGCCUUCGUCUCCAUCGCUUCUCAUUCGCACACCAUCUAUUCAUUUCUUCUAUAGAUCGAUCUCUGCUGCUAUCUGAUUUCCAGAUCUUCGUGUUUCUACCGACGACGAGAUCGACAUGGAAACCUUUCUGUUCACUUCCGAAUCCGUGAACGAAGGACACCCUGACAAGCUCUGUGACCAAGUCUCGGACGCCAUUCUCGACGCUUGCCUGGAACAGGACACCGAGAGCAAAGUCGCAUGCGAAACGUGCACGAAGACUAACAUGGUGAUGGUCUUCGGCGAGAUAACAACGAAGGCGAACGUCAACUACGAGAAGAUAGUCCGCGACACCUGCCGCGGCAUCGGCUUCACUUCCCCAGAAGUCGGCCUUGACGCCGACAACUGCAAGGUCCUCGUCAACAUCGAGCAGCAAAGCCCCGACAUCGCUCAGGGCGUCCACGGCCAUCUCACGAAAAAACCUGAGGAGAUCGGCGCCGGCGAUCAAGGCCACAUGUUCGGCUACGCCACCGACGAAACCCCCGAGCUAAUGCCGCUCACCCAUGUCCUUGCCAUGAAGCUCGGCGCCCGCCUCACCGAAGUCCGAAAAAACAAGACAUGCCCGUGGCUCCGCCCCGACGGCAAGACGCAAGUGACGGUCGAGUACAAGAACGACAACGGCGCCAUGGUCCCGAUCCGAGUCCACACCGUGCUCAUCUCGACGCAGCACGACGAAACCGUCUCCAACGACAAAAUCGCCGCCGACCUGAAAGAACACGUGAUCAAGCCGGUGAUCCCGUCGCAGUACCUCGAUGACAAAACCAUCUUCCACCUCAACCCCUCCGGCCGUUUCGUCAUCGGCGGCCCGCACGGCGAUGCUGGCCUGACCGGCCGGAAAAUAAUCAUCGACACCUACGGCGGGUGGGGGGCCCACGGAGGGGGUGCAUUCUCCGGCAAGGAUCCGACGAAGGUGGAUAGAAGCGGCGCGUACAUUGUGAGACAGGCGGCGAAGAGCGUGGUGGCAUCGGGGCUGGCGCGGCGGUGCAUUGUUCAGGUGUCGUACGCCAUCGGCGUGGCGGAGCCGCUCUCGGUUUUUGUGGAUACGUACAAGACGGGGAAGAUUCCGGACAAGGAUAUUUUGGCGUUGAUUAAGGAGAAUUUUGAUUUCAGGCCGGGGAUGAUUGCGAUAAAUUUGGAUUUGAUGAGAGGGGGGAAAUUUAGGUACCAGAAGACGGCGGCGUACGGACACUUUGGCCGUGACGACCCGGACUUUACCUGGGAGACUGUUAAGAUUCUGAAGCCUAAAGCUUGAGCACGUGAGGAUCACGUGCCGAAAUAAGAUUUGAGUUUGCUCUCUCAUACUCUUAUUACUUCUACAAGUAACGCUUUUAAAAGUUUUUAUGAUUGUUGUCUGAGUUUUGAGUUUGCCUUCUAUUGCGGAAUUACGUGUUGUUUUGUGAUUUUUUUUUUUUUCUUAAAAAUAAUAUUGUUUGUUUGUUUUUUUGCUUAUGAAUGUUGAGUUAUGAAUA